AUGUCAACGUCUUCGGCGUCGAGACGCUUAGCGUCGUUUCUAGUGUUGACAGUUUGCGUCGUAUGUUGUGAGUGCCAGCUGCAGGAUUUUUUCAGAAAUUUUUUGAGGAUUUUUCAAGCUGGUGAUGGUGGAAUCGAAGACACCGAUGUUCUUCUGGAACAGUACGAUUUCAUUAUUGUAGGCGCAGGCUCGGCGGGUUGCGUGAUGGCCAAUAGACUGACAGAAAUCCCAAAUUGGAAAGUCCUACUCAUAGAAGCCGGCGAAACAGAGACCUUCCUCAGCGACGUACCCCUGAUGGCGUCGAUGCAAUCGCGAACCAGGUUCAAUUGGGCUUUCGAAAGCGAACAGCUGACCACCGCCUGUCUGGGACUGGAAAGAGGCAGGUGCCAUUUGGCCAGAGGAAAAGCAGUGGGAGGGACGUCGGUGAUCAAUUUCAUGUUGUACACGCGAGGAAAUAGGAAAGACUAUGACAUGUGGUCUGAACAAGGCAACCACGGUUGGAGUUACGAAGAGGUACUACCGUAUUUUCUGAAAUCUGAGAACUGUUCCACUUGCGAGGAGAUAGACGAGGCAUAUCAUGGUACCGAAGGGUACCUCAAUGUGGAACAUCCACACUACGAAAGCCCUUUGGUCAAGUUGUUUGUCAAAGCAGGCCAGGAAAUGGGAUACAAGAACAAUGAUCCAAAUGGCAAAUACGAAUUGGGUUUCUCUAGAGUUCAAGCCACAAUGAAAAGAGGAACCAGAUGCAGCGCCUCCAAAGCUUUCAUAAAGCCUAUUCUCCACAGACCGAAUUUCCACAUUUCCACCAAAUCUAUGGUGACGAAAAUACUGAUCGACUCAGAAACGAAAACAGCCUACGGUGUGGAGUUCCUAAAAAAUAAAAAGAAGCACGUGGCCUACGCAAAAAAAGAAGUGAUCUUGAGUGCAGGUAGUAUCAAUAGUCCUCAGAUUUUGAUGUUAUCAGGAAUAGGCCCCAAAGACCAUUUGGAAACGUUGGGAAUACCUGUGAUACAAGAUUUGAAAGUUGGUUAUAAUUUUCAGGAUCACAUGGCUAUGUCUGCUCUGGCAUUUUUUGUCAAUGAAAGCAUCACUGUCUCUGAUUGGAGUGUUCAAAAUCCCAUUGACAUCUACAAUUACAUUUCUAGAGGUAGUGGUCCUUAUACGAUUCCAGGUGGAGCAGAAGCUCUAGCUUUCGUGAAAACCAAAUACGCCUCCAAAACAAAUGACGACUACCCUGAUAUGGAACUAGUUCUGGGCGCAGGCGCACUUAACGGAGACAUUUUCGGCAACUUCCGCCAUCUGUUGGGCAUUCCUGACAGCACAUACCGACAGGUUUUCCUACCUCAUCUGGGCAAACCAUCUUUCGGCAUCGCAACUGUCUUACUCAGGCCGAAGAGCAGAGGUAGGAUUUGGUUGAGAGAUGCCAAUCCCCUUAGCUAUCCAAUAAUCAAUCCGAAUUAUUACGAGAAAGAAGAGGAUCUGGCAACCAUGGUCGAAGGAAUCAAAAUGGCUAUCGCCAUCUCCCGCUCCACCCCCUUCCAGACCUACCAGGCCACGCCCAACGACCUCCCCUUUCCCGGUUGCGACCACCUGUUGCUAGGCGGCGACGAGUACUGGGCGUGCGCGGCUCGCAGCGUUUCCACCACUCUCGGCCAUCACGUGGGCACGUGUAAGAUGGGACCACGCGCUGACGAACAGUCAGUCGUCGACCAGCGCUUGAGGGUGCAUGGAAUCGGCGGAUUGAGGGUGGUGGAUGGGUCGAUUAUGCCCACGAUCGUCGCCGGGCAUACGAACGCUGUGAUAUUCAUGAUAGGCGAGAAGGCUUCCGAUAUGGUCAAGAAGUAUUGGAGGGAUGAGGUGGAAUGAUGGACGGUCGAUGUUUUUGGGUAAUUGUUCGUCGCUUUGGGACAUUUCUCGCUUGAAGAAUGUAUAAUUUAGAUCAUAGUUCAUAGAGAGAAUCACCUGACCGAAUGGAAACGCUGGAAUGUUUCGUCUAACGUUGAAGUUGCAGUUUUCGCUAAAAAUUAUCUUGAAUAUGUGAGUGAAUAUACUUCUACUGCCAUUUUUCAUUUUAGGAUUCAUGAAGCUCACUUAAUUCAUUCCUAGCAAUAUUUCAAACGAGGUUGAAUGUUUUACUAAGGAUAAUUAGACUCUUUUUAUGAUUUUCGAUCAAUGUAUCAAAUGAAAUCAUCGGGUUCAGAUGGUAUCUGAAAAAAUUAGAUAUAAGACGCUUUCGUUUUCAACAUACAGGGCAAAAAUCAGUACCUCCAAUGUUGCCAAUAUUUCAGGAUGAUAUCUAUCAUAGUUAUCUAGUAAUCCGAACGGAUUUCUUGAAUAAUCCGACAUCUACACCAAAACCGUGUGUCAUUUCUAUCAAGUAGGCACUAUUUCUACAAAACUGAUGAUUCUUUAACUUUUCAUCAAAAUCUGUUUAGAACUAAUACUCAAUCGAUUGUUUCGUUCGAAUUGAACUUAUUGUCAUCUCAAUUUUUCAGACACUAUCUGAAUCCGAGAGAUUUCCCAUAUCUUCCCGGGCAAAAUU